AUGCAGAUGUCCGACAACGACGACAAACGGCUGACGGCCGAGCUGCCGGCGUCGUCCAGUGCGGGCAAGGGGCACGCCGGCUCUGGGGCGCCUGUGCUGCAGGCGGCGCAGUCGGUGAGCUAUGCCCGCGUGCUGGGACACGAAGAGGAGCCCCUGCGCGCGGCACUCGCGCUGUUUGACAAGAACGGGGACGGGGAGGUGUGUCCGGCGGAGCUGAUCGAGGCCCACCGGGCGUACGAGCGCAUGAAGGCGGAGAAGGUGCUGUUCCGCAAGCUGCUGAUCGCUGCGGUGGUGCUGUGCUUCGUGAUGGUUGGCGCCACGGUCGGGCUGACGGCUGCGGUGGUCAUCACGACGAAGGAGUCGAAGGUGUCGUCGGGCGGGCUGCUGCGCGCGAACGACGGCUCCGAGACGCCCGUUCGCACCGCCGAGCGGCGCGGGACGGUGACGGUGACGUCCGCCGUCACCGGGGCCAGGCUCGCGAGGCGCUCCCUGAUGCAGAGCCCCGCCGUGGGAUCGGUGGUGGCGACGACGGAGUGCGCGACGGCGUCGAUGUGGUUUGAGAACAUCGCGAACGAGGGGUUCUCCGCCGACAUCGUCAUCCAGCAGCAGCAGCAGGAGGGCGGCAGCGUGUCGUCGAUCUCGUGCCGCGCAACGGACGCUUCGCCGCCGAACACGAUCGACGCAUACGACCAGGCCCGGCCGUCGGAGAAGUACCGCAUCGACUGCACCGGCGUGGACCUGGCCGCCGGUGGCGCGGGGUGCGUUUGCCUGGUCUACCUGACAGGGACCGGCACCGUCGUCGACUCGACGCCGGGCACGCGCCGCAAGCUGGCGGAGCGCGGCGACGGCAGCGGGGUGUCGGCGGGCGAGGUGCUGGCUGCGGCGGCGCGGCACUUGGGCGUGGAGGACGAGCUGACCUUGCUGGGCAGCGUGCUGCGCGAGCGGGGCGUGGCGAUGGCACGCAGCGCGAUGCUUGCGGAGUCCACGCGGCACCUGGUGCAGCUGCGCACUGCGGGCGGGAGGUCCGUGGCGGCGCGGGCGGUCGUGAGCGGCGGCGUGCGGACGGACGACGGCUGGCACCUGGCGGAGUGGAGCGCGCACGGCUCGCGCGGGGCGCUGGUGUGUCCGCCCGCCGCGGGCGACGCGCACCUGGAGGUGGGGGACUGCCACGUGCUGGCGAGGGGCGCGAUGAGCGGCGACGCCACACUCGCCACCGUCGGCGGCGACGACCUCCGCAUCGGAGACACCCGCGUCGGGCAGCGCGUGGCCGUCCUGGCCCCGGACGGCAGCGUGGCGUUCUCGCGGGUGAUCGCCGUGUCGCACAACGAGCCGGCCGCCGUGCGGGCGAUGGUGACCGUGCACACGGCCUCGGGCAAGGCGCUGAGCGCGACCCCGAGCCACUACAUCUUCGUGCGGUGCGACGCGUGCGAGGGCGGGCGCGAGCGCGUGCGCAUCGACGCGGUGCGCGCCGGCGAGCACGAGGUGGCGGCGGUGUCUGGCGGGAAGGCGGCGUGGGAGGCCGUGACGGGCGUGGUCGUGGAGGACAAGGUCGGGCUGCACGUGGUGCACACGGCGUCCGGGUGGCCGCUGGUGGUGAGCGGCGUUGGCGCGAGCGAGUACAGCGACAACGGGCUGGAGCCGAUGGGCAAGGUGCUGCUGCCGGUGUUUGCGGUGCUGGCGCGCGUGUGGCCGAGCGGCACGCAGGCGCUGUGCGACGUCCUGAUGGCGCUGGCGCACGGGGCGAGCGGUGAGACGCCCGGGUGGCGGGGCACAGUGGUAAACAAGAUGCUGUGGCGGGUGUUGCGGGCGUCGUCGCGCGCGCUCGGGGGGGCGACCGCCGCGGCGUGA